ACUAGCUGUCAAAGUUUGCUUACGUUUUAUUCCAUGUGGGCCGGCGCCGCGGCGACAGUGUAGAAAAAUAACUCGCGCGACACACACAAUACGGACCCGCAAAGCGGCAUACGGAUGGCAACGACAAUGGCGAACGAACGGAAGGGAACGUUCAAGGUGGAGUACCUGCAGAAAAUCGAACGCGAAAUCCAGGAACGCUGGCAGCGGGACAAAGUGUACGAUGUGGACGCACCGAAGGAACCGCGCAAGGCGGACGAUGAAAAGUUCCUGGUCACCUUCCCCUACCCGUACAUGAACGGACGGCUCCACCUGGGGCAUGCGUUUUCCCUGUCGAAGGCGGAGUUUGCCGUGCGCUACCAUCGGCUCAAGGGAAAGAAGGUGCUGUUUCCGCUCGGUUUCCACUGUACCGGCAUGCCGAUAAAGGCGUGUGCCGACAAGCUGAAGCGCGAGAUUGAGCUGUACGGCUGUCCACCGGUGUUUCCGCGCGAGGAAGCGCUGGCGGUGGUGGAAAAGCCGGAAGAUCGCGACGUAGUGCCGAAGGAUAAGAGCAAGGGCAAGAAGAGCAAAGCGACGGCAAAGGCCGGCACUGCCAAGUUCCAGUGGCAAAUCAUGCAGAGUCUCGGGCUGACCGACGACGAGAUUGCCAAGUUUGCCAACACGGACCACUGGUUGGAUUACUUCCCUCCGCUGGCCAUCCGCGAUCUGAAGGAGCUCGGUGCGCACAUCGACUGGCGGCGUACGUUCAUCACGACCGAUGCGAACCCGUUCUACGAUUCGUUCGUCCGCUGGCAGUUCAAUCAUCUGAAGGCGCGCGGGAAGAUUAUGUACGGAAAGCGGCAUACGAUCUUCUCGCCGAAGGACGGACAGCCGUGCAUGGAUCACGACCGUUCGUCGGGGGAGGGCGUUGGACCGCAGGAGUACACGCUGGUUAAGAUGAAGGUAACGGGGAAGAUGCCGUCGAAGCUGGCGAGCGUAGCAGGCAAGCGGCCGGUCUAUCUGGUGUGCGGUACGCUCCGUCCGGAAACCAUGUACGGACAGACGAACUGUUGGGUCCAUCCGGACAUCAAGUACAUCGCGUUCGAGACGGCCAAGCAGGAGGUUUGGGUGUGUACGCGGCGAGCUGCGCGUAACAUGUCCUACCAAGGGUUUACCCCGGUCGAGGGCGAGAUCAAGGAGCUGGCCGAACUGGUCGGACAGGACAUUAUGGGGCUGCAGCUGUCAGCGCCGCUCACCUCGAACAAGGUCAUCUACGCGCUGCCCAUGCUGUCGAUCAAGGAAGACAAGGGAACGGGCAUCGUAACGUCCGUGCCGUCCGAUUCGCCGGACGAUUACGCCGCACUGGUGGAUCUGCAGAAGAAGCAACCGUUCCGGGAGAAGUAUGGCAUUACGGACGAAAUGGUGCUGCCGUACCAACCGAUCCCGAUCAUCGAUGUGCCCGGUUUGGGCAAUCUGUGUGCGGUGUACGCGUACGACAAGUUCAAGAUCCAGAGCCAGAACGAUCGCGAAAAGCUGACCGAGGCGAAGGAGCUGGUCUACCUGAAAGGGUUCUACGACGGCGUGAUGCUGGUCGGCGAGCACAAGGGCAAGAAGGUGCAGGACGUGAAGAAGGAUCUGAAGCAGUAUCUGGUCGAUCGGAACGAGGCGGACGUGUACUACGAGCCGGAGAAAACGAUCAUGUCACGCUCCGGGGACGUUUGUGUGGUGGCACUGUGCAACCAGUGGUACCUGAACUACGGCGAAGCGGUGUGGCAGAAGCAAACGACCGAGCAUCUCCGCACGAUGGAACUGUUCCACGAGGAGGUGUCGCGCAACUUCGAGCACUGUCUGGACUGGCUGCACGAGUACGCCUGCUCUCGUACGUACGGGCUCGGUACGAAGCUGCCGUGGGACCAGCAGUGGCUCAUCGAAUCGCUGUCCGAUUCCACCAUCUACAUGGCGUUCUAUACCGUCGCCCAUCUGCUGCAGGCCGGUUCGUUCCGGGGGGAGAAACCCAGCCCGCUUGGCAUUACCGCCGAAGACAUGACGCCGGAGGUGUGGGAUUACAUCUUCUUCGCCGACGCGAAACCACCGGCCAAGAGCCGCGUGAAGCGAGAUGCUUGGGAGCAGCUCAAGCGUGAGUUCAACUUCUGGUAUCCGGUGGAUCUGCGCGUGUCCGGCAAAGAUCUGAUCCAGAACCAUCUGACGUUCUUCCUGUACAAUCACGUCGCGAUCUGGCCGAAAGAUGCUUCCAAGUGGCCGAAGGGUGUCCGCUGUAACGGCCAUCUGCUGCUCAAUUCGGCAAAAAUGUCCAAAUCGGACGGCAACUUCCUGACGCUGUACGAAUCAAUCGCCAAGUUCAGUGCGGACGGUACGCGGCUCUGUCUGGCGGACGCGGGCGACAGCAUUGAAGAUGCGAACUUUGUCGUAACGAACGCGGACGCUGGCAUUCUGCGGCUGUACACGUUCAUCGAGUGGGUGAAGGAAACGCUCGCCUCGAAACCGCUGCUGCGCAAGGGCCCGCAAGAUGCUUCCAUCAACGAUCAGGUGUUUUCGAGCGAAAUGAACCUGCUGACGAAGCAGACGGACGAGCACUACCGGAAGAUGCUGUUCAAGGAGGCGCUGCGCACGGGCUUCUUCGAGUUCCAGACGGCACGCGACAAGUACCGCGAGCUGUGCGGAUCGAACGGUAUGCAUGCCAGCCUGGUGAUGGAGUUUAUCCAGCGACAGGCGUUGCUGAUUGCACCCAUCUGUCCGCACGUAGCCGAACACAUCUGGUGCGAUCUGCUCGGCAACAAGACGUCCAUCCUGCACGCUGCCUGGCCGGCGGUGGGGCCGAUCGAUGAGCAGAAAAUCAAAUGCUCGGAAUAUCUGAUGGAAGCGGCCCACUCGUUCCGGCUGGCGCUGAAGAACGCCACCCAGCAGAAGGCCGGUGGUGGUAAGGGCGCGUCGAACAAGGCGCUUGUCGCGAAACCGAGCGAUGGUACGAUCUGGGUGGCGAAAACGUUCCCUCCGUGGCAAUCGUGCGUGCUGGACACGAUGCGCGAGCUGUACGAGCGGCAGGGCGAUGGCAAGCUGCCCGACAACAAGAUCAUUGCGACCGAGCUGGGCAAGAAGGAGCUGCUGAAGAAGUACAUGAAGCGCGUGAUGCCGUUCGCACAGAUGGUGCGCGAGCGCGUGGAAGCUGUCGGUGGACCGGGCAAGCAGGCGAUGGACGUAACGCUCGACUUUGACGAGCGUGAGGUGCUGGGGCUGAAUGCGGAGUAUCUGCGCAAUACGCUCGAGCUGGAUACGCUGACGGUGCGGUACACCGACGAACCGGACGCGCCGGAGAAGAUGCGCGAAGAGGUGCGGCCGGGUGUGCCGUUUAUCGUGUUUACGGUGAAGCCGUUCGUGACGGUCACGCUGGAGAAUCCGGUCGAACGGUCGGGACUGUUUACGGUCACGAUGAACCUGUCCGAUGGCGAUACGAGCAAAACGCUCAAGGAGAAGCUUGCUAAGCAAAUCGGCUUUAAAGCGGAUCUGUCAGCGCUGGAAAUUAUGCGCUACGAGGACCCGGUAAUGGGACCGCGCAGCCUUCCCACGUUCCAGGACUACCGGUCGGGCAAGGUUACCAUCGAGGAGGGUGAAUUUAAGGUCGAACCGGAAAAGAAACAAGUGCUGCUUAGCAAUGGCAGUUUCAAGGACCUGAACAUUGGCACGAGCUUCAUCUACGUUAUCAAUUGAUGGUAAAUCGGCGUCGGGGGUGAUGAUGACGGCUCGCUUUAAUUUAUCAUGAAUUACACAUGAAAUACAUGCACAUGAAACAGUUUUCUUUAAAAGAAAU